AUGGAUGAGGCCGCUGACCCAUUAAUUCCUUAUCUCUUCCGGAAUAAGAUCCCGGCCAACUUUAUGGGUUCUCGCGCCUGGGCCUCCGACCAGCCAGACAUCCAGUCGCAGCUCCUACCAGGCCAGGAUGUUACUGUUAUUCCAGCUGUUGUCUGCCGCGUCUUCCGCGCGCGACUAGGGGGCCUGAAGGCUUUUAAGGACUAUAUAGGACUGGUCCCUCCCCAUGUGACCUCCUCCUACGCCCGUCGAUUUGUUCCCGCACGUUUGCAGUAA